GGCGGGGCCUGUUCUGUGUCACGUGGGCGGGGCCUGGCUCCUGCUACUCGAACGCGAGUUACAGGCGGGAGGGCGAACUCUAUGGUAGCAGGUUGCGAGUGGAGCCGCUCUAUCCUUCCGGGGUCAGCUCUACGGCGCGGUGGCUGCCGGAAGUUGCCGGGGUAGGCGGGGCUGUGGGCAAGAUGGCGGCGUGGGGAGGCGUGAGCCGCUUGUGGCGGCGAUGCUGCCAGAGAAUAGGGACUUUUCCUGUAAAUUACUCAAGCAGAGAUACGCCAGAGCAAUAUCGUUUUCUUCUAAACAAGGACUUGUUGUGGGUUCAGUUCUCAGGAUUCCACACUGAUUUACACCAUCAUAAGGACAAUUCUUUGGUAUCCAUUUCAGAUGAACCGGACACAUUAUACAGGAAAUUAUCAGUUUUAGUUAAAGGCCAUGAUAAAGCUGUGUUGGACAGUUAUGAAUAUUUUGCAGUGCUUGCUGCUAAAGAACUUGGCAUCUCCAUUGAAAAAGUACAUGAACCUCCCAAGAAGAUAGAACGAUUCACCCUUCUGAAGUCAAUACACAUUUUCAAGAAGCACAGAGUUCAGUAUGAAAUGAGGACACAUUAUAGAUGCUUGGAGUUAAAACAUUUAACUGGCAGUACAGCUGAUGUCUAUUUGGAAUACAUCCAAAGAAAUUUACCUGAAGGGGUUGCCAUGGAAAUAAAAAAGACCAAAUUAGAGAAACUACCUGAACAUAUUCAGAAGCCAAUUUGGGACAAGCUACCUUCAGUAGAAGAAACUACAAGCACGUCAUGAGCUCUUCAUCUACUAAAGCUUUUUCACAUGUUAGCAACGGAAGCUCAACCUGUGCCUGUUAACAUUUUAAACAAAGCAUCUUCUCACAGGAGUUACCCUCUAUCCAACCUCAAACCCUGUCCUAAUUUUACAAAGAAUACUUAAAAAUUAUGAUGAGACAGGUCAUUUGCUACCCUAAUUAUCAGUGAGUUAGGAUCCCAGCUCCAGGCCACUAGCAGAAAGACUGGACUGUGAAAAUGUUUUGUCUGUUUUUCUUUUUUCUAAGUCUUAUGUGGCCAGAACUUGGUAAAUGUACAUGAACAGGUCAUGAUGUACGGUAAUGGUUUAUUUGUGCAUAAACACCACAGGAUUUGUGAAUUUACUGUCACUGAGGCUGAUAUUUGAAGCACAUAUCUCAGAGUUCUUAUGACCCAUUAAAUUUUAUUUAAAAUA